AUGAGUCAGUACGGAUACGGUGGUCAACAGAACCCCUACGGCCAACGGGACAAUGCUGCUGGUGGCUACGGUAGACAACAGCAGGGCGGCUACGGAUCACCGUAUGGCGGCACUGCCGGUGCUGGCGGCGGCUACGGCCAGAACAACAACUUUGGAGGCUCCAACGUUGAGAUGGCUCCUCUGGGUCAAGCAGCUGGCUAUGGUGCCGGCGGCGGCGGCGGCGGCGGCAGUCGCAACAUUCUCGACGAAUGCAGCGGCAUUGACAACGGCAUCAACCAAGUCGAGCACAACCUCGAGAAGCUUCGAAUGCUCCAGCAGCGAUCUUUGGACGAUGCCGACACCUCAUCGGCCAGCGCUGCCAACCGGCAGCUCGACUCGCUCUCCACAGAUACCAUGGCGCUCUAUCGCGACCUCACCGAGCGCGUUCGCACCCUCAAGUCCAAGCCCCCUCAGCAGGUUGCUCAGUACCGUGGCCAGGUGGACCGCAUCGAUCGCCGGCUCAAGAGCGCCAUCCAGCAGUACCAGCAGAUCGAGUCUCAGUUCCGCAAGCGCACCCAAGAGCAGAUGAAACGCCAGUACCGCAUUGUUCGCCCCGAUGCCACCGAGAAAGAGGUCCAGGCCGUCGCGGAGGACACGAGCAACAACCAAGUCUUUGCGCAGGCCAUGAUGCAGAGCGACCGGCAGGGCCGAGCCCGCGCCGCUCUGAGUGCUGUGCAGGACCGUCACGCCGCCCUUGUCAAGAUUGAGCAACAAAUGGUUGAGCUGUCGCAGCUGUUCCAAGACAUGGACACGCUGGUUGUUCAACAGGAGGCCGCCAUUGUGCAGAUUGAGCAAAAGGGAGAGGAAGUGGUCGACAACCUGGACAAGGGCAACGAGGAGAUUGGCAUAGCUGUCAAUACCGCGCGGAAGACGAGGAAGAAGAAGUGGAUAUGCCUGGGGAUAUGCGUGGCCAUCCUGCUCGUCAUCGUCAUCAUCGUGCUCAUUUACGUCUUUGUCAUCCGCCGCCCCUCAGACAAUGGCGGCAACAAGAAGCGAGAGGUCGAAUCUCUUGCCAACACGGCCAACACGGUGCUGUCCAGCUACCUGUCCGCCACUGGGCCCGAAGCCAAAGGCCUGGAAGCCCGAGCAGCCAUUGACCAGGCUCUUGCUGAGGAGAUGCAUCGCCUCGCCAAAACGCGGAUUCACUUUCCGCUGCUGCCGAAUAACUAG